ACAAUUUUAAUGCGCUGUCGGGUUUGAUGUGUGAAUAACUCUGACAACUUACACCGGGAUCUAAUCUCAGCGCAUUCACUCUCCCACUAAUUCAGGGGGAGAUUUCUCAUCGCCGAACUACUCGUCUGCCCCCUCAGACCACACUGACGAUUUUCCAUCCGGCGGACUCUCACCACCCCACCUAAAGAAAAUAAAAACAUGGCCUCCAACAAGCCCGGUGCGGUCAGUUCCUCCGGGAUCACAACGAACGAAACCACCGGAGAACGCUACAUUCCCUCGUCUGUCCGUGCCGACGGCUCCAAGCGUCGGGAGAUUCGUGUCCGACCGGGAUACCGCCCUCCUGAGGAUGUGGAACUGUACAAGACCCGUGCGGCAGAGGCCUGGAAGAAUCGCGGAAAAGGCGGGGUUCCCGGUGCCGAUGGACUGAAGGACGACGAGGAUACCUCGGCCAACAAGGCAGGUGGUGCAACCAACAACAAGAAUGCGAAGCGUCGCGAAGCUAGAAAGAAGGCCAAGGCGACACAGGAUGGUGCUACCAACGGCAAGGAUGUGACUCGCAUCGAGAACUGGCGUGCUGGUGCGCCCCAAGAGGCUAAGAAGCAGUCGAACGGGGACGCAAAGGACGCAGCGCAAACCGAUGAGGCAGUCGAUCCUGAAGCAGAGAAGGAAAAGAAGGCUCGCAAUCUCAAGAAGAAGCUGAGACAGGCUCGCGACCUGCGUGACAAGAAAGCCCAGGGAGAGGCACUUCUACCCGAACAACUGGAGAAGGUGAUCAAGAUCCAGGAGUUAAUUCGUCAGUUGGACUCCCUUGGAUUCGAUUCAAACGGUGAAAAGAAGGAGGCCGCUGAAGAAAAGGAGUAGAGGGAACUACCGAUUCGCAAAGUAACCGUACUUCUUAUUGUUAAGGU